GACACGCAAAGAGAUAUUUUUCGCUACGCGCAUCCUCAUGAGGAUAACCGUGCACCCGCACAAACCAGAUGUAAUAAACCGCCAAAGAGCUACGGAAAAUGGGUUGAAAUUUUGGGAAGAAGCAAAAGAUAUCUAGGGCAUCCAUGGAAGUACUUUCCAAGCAAGAAAUGAUGAUCGCCGAAGACGAUCUCUCCAACUGGGAACUCGUCAAUGCGUCCGAUCUCGACGAGGAUGAACAGCACGAUCAUCUCAUCGAUUACUCUGACUCUGCUUAUGAUUCCGACGGGGCUGCUUCUUGGUUGAGUCUCAUGAGUCUUCUCUCGUCGGCUCACGAUGAUGAUGAUGAUGAUGAUGAUGAUGAUGUUGAUGCUGUUAAUGAGGGGGAAGAAGAGCCGCUGGACGAGGAAGAUGUACUCGAGGAUGAUUACGGUGAUUACGAGGAUGACGAUGAUGACGAGAACGAUGAUCUCAGCGAUGAUGGUUUGGACGACGAGCUCGUGCCUCGCUAUGUGAGCGACCGGCUCGGCAGGGAGAGAAUGAGGAAAUUGGGGAAGAGAGCGUGCGCGAAGAUGGCUAAGUCUAAGAGAUCUCCGUAUCUCUACACAAGGCCUGGCUGUGUCCAUGGGAAGCAUGGGCUCGGCUUGAAACACAGCUUUUAGAAGAAGUGCAGUCUGGUUUCAUUUGCCUUAUCUGAUCUCGAACCAUGUAAGUACUACUGCUGUAGUUGGAUUAGUUCGGUAGACCUUUGUUUCUUUGUUAGGGUUGUCCUGAUUGGGGUUUCUUUCUCUGCGCUGUUGUUGCAAACUUGUUAUCUCCGUGGAUGAUCCUAAUUUCUCCUGGGGGAUUGGCUUGAAUGUUUAUAGAAAAUUCAUUGGACGGGCUCCAGUUUGAAGA